ACAAAGAAAAGGAAACCCUAUUUAUACGUAUAUUAGGGCAAUGACACUCCCAAGCGAAGAAAUUGGGGAUGUCAUAUGAAAAUCAAACGGCGUUCGGAGAAGAGGAGCUUGAAGUGGCGAAAAUGGAGAAGAAGGGAAAACCAUGUGGAAACGAAAACACUGAAUCCAAAUUUAAAAAUCAUGAUGGGAUUAAAUAGUUUUCAAUCUGAAAUAAUUUUCCCCUCUCGAUUUUCCUGCUCGCUCCUCUUCAUCCCGUCUCUCUCUGUAUGCUAUCCAGAUCUUCAAUGGCUUCCCCCUCGACCUGAUGAUGAUUCUACUAUCUGAGGGUUCAUUGUUCAUUUUUUUUAAAAAAUCUUAUUAUUCGUUCUAAUCCAUUUCUCUAUUUUGUUCUGUUUUUAGUCCUUAAUUUAGUGUUGCUAUCUUUUUUUUUUUUUUUUGUGAAUUUUCGCUUUAUGGAUGCUUAACGAUGCGGCUGCUAUAUAGCUCCUAAGGAACCUGUGGCGUUUCGCAAUAGGAGUCCAUUAUCUUCACUUUUCAACUCUGAAGACGAUGUCAGAAAAGGCGAGGAUGAUGAUUUGCGCGAAACAGAAAGGGCUAAUCAAGAUGGAGGAACACCUAAGUCUGAGCUGGUCUCGAAAGAGCUCAGGGAUCAGGCCUAGUUUCUUAAAGCUUCUGGAACUUUACCUGAGACUCCUGCUGAAAUUCGAAAAGGCUUGGCUAAAUGCAAAGAUCUAUCAGCUUCAAAAGGAGAUGAACCUUUAAAAUUCAAGUCUUGGCCUGAUGUUGUUGUUGAAAAGCUCAACCUGGAUUUGCUACCUGAUCACCCUAUUACACCUAUUAAAAGCAAUGGACGGGAAAAACAAUCUGGUUCCUUGGCUCAUACAUCUAGCAGUUGCAUGGCGGAUGGACAAAGUGAUGUAAGUUUGCCGAAGAGCUCUAUUCAUGGUAGUGGGUAUCCUAAAACCCCGACAUCCAUUGAGGUUAGUUCUAAUCAAGCUCAUAGAGACGCAGCUUCAGAAGUUUCUCCAGCCUCUGCUCCCAGGGGGUACACGAACAAAAUUGUUCGCUUUGAUUGUAAGUCUGAUCUGUCUGCAGUCUCAUCCAAAAGUACUUCAUCUGCAGCUGACAGUGAAAAGCCAAAGCAGGCCGAGUUUUCUGGCAAUUACUAUGCAUUGAAGAAUUCUCCCUACCCAACUCCACUAAAACUAAGUGAUGAAAUGCAAACACCAGGAAGUUUUCCAGCAUAGUUAGACAACAUUGCAAAAGGAAAAACUGCUCGGAACAGGUCUCAAUAUGUUUAUCCAGUUUUAAACCCAGCAUCACAGCUGGAGGAGUUGUCUGAUGAAGAUUCUAAAUCCAAAUUAUGGUCCAGUAAAAUGACAGAAUCUGGUGAACCGCCAAAUGAAGCAAGCUUUUUGUCCGAACUGGGAAUGUUUGCAUCAAGAAAAGCUUCAGCUGAUAAAGAUUCAAAAGUAAAAGCCAGCUUGUUUUCGUGGCUGAAACCAUCUUCAAUCAAUCAAGAUGAGGGUAAGCAGCACAAUAGUUCUGUUUACAGUAACCGUGUUCAUUAUGACAGAACACCUGGAGAUAGGCCUAUACUUGGACUGGUUGCUGCUCACUGGAAAGAAGAUGAAAAUUGGAUUCCUAACUCAACUAACAAGUAUAAGGAGGAUCAGAAAGUAAGUUGGCAUGCAACACCAUUUGAAGAGAGACUAGAGAAGGCAUUAUCACAAGAAUCUACCAUUCCACAAAGGAAGCUGAUCAGUGGGACGACACCAUUUGCCUUUAAUAAUAUGGAGGAAUCAGAUACUGCUCUCUCUCAAGUGCACAAAUAGUCUCAGCUAAAUCUGAUUUUGCUUUCAUCAAUUAGCACAUAUUCGAAGUUUAUCCCGGAAUUUUGUUUCAUUUAUAAGCUGAGAUGCUGUGCAAUCUCAAUGUGUAAGCCAGACAAUCAAGUGUGCGCGCUUCAUUUCUGAUGAAGGCUCGAGAUAAACUAAGGUUCCUGAGUGUAAUGUCAUUGAUGUAGUUGUAUUUGUGGUCAUUGAAACUUCACUAGGUGGCAUUUUAAAUAUGAAAACUCGCGUAUAAAUUGAUUUCGGAUAGUGGUGAUAUGUGUAGCAUCAGUUUUGACUA